CUCUAGUUAUUGUUGCUCAGAAUCUUCAUCAUCUCGAUUAUCAUCAUAAUCAUUUAGUGGUGAUAGUGGUUGUGGUGGUGGAGUUAUGGCGAGUUCGAGUGGGACGAGGAACGAUGAAGUGGAAGGCGGGCGGCCUCGGAGGACUUACACUAGGCUUCCCACAUAUUUGGAACAAAAUGACGCCGACAGAAACGUAGCCGACAGCGAGUUGGUGCCAUCGUCCUUGGCCUCCAUUGCUCCUACUCUCAGGGUCGCUAAUGAGAUUGAAAAUGACAAUCCCGGGAUUGCCUUUCAUUGCCGCUUCCGUGCAUUCGAAAGAGCUCACAGGAUGGAUCCAAGUUCAACUGGCCGUGGUGUUCGUCAGUUUAAGACCUACCUGUUGCGCAAACUUGAAAGGGAUGAAGAACAGGGUAGAGGACCAGAAACUGAUCCCAGAAAAGUCCUAAGAUAUUACAAGAGCUACUAUGAGCAAAACAUUGAAGAGGGCCAGUAUACAAAAAGACCAGAGGAGAUGGCUAAGAUGUGCCAGGUUGCAACUGUAUUGUAUGAUGUGAUCAAGGCAAUGCUACCUUCUCACAGGAUUGACCCUGAGAUACACCGAUACGCUGAAGAGGUUGAGAAGAAGAGAGAACAAUAUGAGCACUAUAACAUUCUUCCAUUAUAUGCAGCUGGAAUUAAACCAGCGGUUAUGGAACUUCCUGAGAUUAAUGCAGCACAUCGAGCUUUACAGAAUGUGGUUAAUCUUCCUUCAAUCCGGCUGCCAGAGAACAAGUAUAAAUCAGUCAACGAUAUUCUUGAAUGGCUUUACCUCGUCUUUGGCUUUCAGAAGGGAAAUGUAGCAAAUCAACGAGAACACUUGAUAUUAUUGCUUGCAAAUAUGGACAUACGAGAUAGGGUGGAUGACCAUUAUGAGCAGUUGGCUGAUAACUCAGUCCAGAGACUACUGGAUAAAAUCUUCAAAAAUUAUGAGUCGUGGUGCAAAUACUUACACUGUACCUCUAAUCUCGUAUUUCCACAUGGUUCAAACAAGCAACAGUUGCAGCUGCUAUACAUUGGACUUUAUCUUCUUAUCUGGGGUGAAGCUUCGAAUAUUCGUUUCAUGCCAGAGUGCCUCUGUUAUAUUUUCCACAAAAUGGCAAAUGAGCUACAAGGAAUUUUAUUCGAUGAUACUCACACUGUCACUGGAGAUGCAUAUCAAUUAGCAUCACGUAGUGAGGAGCAUUUCCUGCAGGAGGUUAUAACUCCUUUAUAUGAUGUCCUGCGGAAGGAAGUCAGGAGAAACAGAACUGGAAAAGCAAGUCAUUCAGUGUGGAGAAACUAUGAUGACCUAAAUGAGUACUUUUGGUCAGGAAAAUGCUUUAAGUUAGGAUGGCCAAUGGAUAAAAACUCACAUUUUUUUGUGCAUUCGGAUGAUAAACAGCCAGAAAAUGUGAGUGGUGGUCACCAUGUUGGAGCAAGAAAAAGAAAGCCCAAGACGAAUUUUGUUGAAGUCCGAACAUUUUGGCACCUUUACAGAAGUUUUGAUCGACUGUGGAUCUUUUUUAUUUUGGCUCUCCAGGCAAUGAUUAUUGUUGCAUGGCAUGGGGACGGGUCCUUAGCUGGAAUUUUUGAUGCAGAUGUGAUAAGGAGCGUUUUGAGCAUUUUCAUUACCGCUGCUGUUCUAAAUUUUCUGCGAGCAACUCUGGAUAUAGUUCUUAGCUUGCGUGCAUGGAGGAGCUUGAAAUGUAACCAGAUAUUUCGCUACCUCCUGAAAUUUGCAGUUGCAGCUUUCUGGGUUGUAGUCAUGCCAGUUGCAUACUCUAGAUCUGUUGAGAAUCCAACUGGACUUGUCAGGUUUUUUAGUAAUCUUGGAGGAUCUUGGCUCUACCAGUCACUCUAUAACUAUUGUGUUGCAAUCUACUUAAUACCAAACAUAUUGGCUGCUGUCCUAUUUCUGGUUCCUUAUUUGCGGAGAACCCUGGAGCGUUCGAAUAGUUAUGUCAUUAUCCUUCUAAUGUGGUGGGCUCAACCAAAGCUAUAUGUUGGAAGAGGCAUGCAUGAAGACGUGUUCUCGCUUCUGAAGUACACAUUUUUCUGGAUAAUGUUAGUGAUAAGCAAGUUAGCAUUCAGCUACUAUGUUGAGAUUUUGCCACUGGUUGAACCAACUAAGGUCAUAAUGGAUCUGAGAGUUGGUAAUUAUGAAUGGCAUGAGUUCUUCCCGCAUGGUAAUUAUAAUAUCGGUGUUGUGAUUGCUAUCUGGGCUCCAAUCAUCCUGGUUUAUCUCAUGGAUACACAAAUUUGGUAUGCUAUAUUCUAUACAAUUAUUGGCGGUAUAUAUGGAGUGUUCAGCCACCUUGGCGAGAUAAGGACAUUGGGAAUGUUAAGGUCAAGAUUUGAAGCUAUUCCUUCUGCUUUCAUUGACUGUCUUGUGCCAUCUUCAGAAGAGGAAAUCAAACAACGUAAGCAGGAAACUUCAUUGGAUAGAAAGAGUGUUUCAAAAUUUUCUCAGGUGUGGAAUGAGUUCAUACUAUCGAUGCGAAUGGAGGAUUUGAUCACCAACAGGGAGAGAGAUUUGCUGCUUGUACCAUAUGUGGCAAGUGACAUCUCUGUGAUCCAGUGGCCGCCUUUCUUGCUUGCUAGUAAGAUUCCGAUAGCGCUAGACAUGGCAAAAGAUUAUAAAGGAAAGGAUGAUAUUGACCUGUUCAACAAGAUUGCCAGUGAUGACUUUAUGCGUUCAGCUGUCACUGAAUGCUAUCAGACACUCGGAUAUAUAUUAGAGAGCCUUUUCAGAGAGAGCGAGGAUAAACAGAUCAUUACUCGGAUACGUGAAGAGGUAGAUGAUAGCAUGGAGGGAGGGAGAUUUUUGAGCGAGUUCCAAAUGAGUGGGCUGCCUUUUCUCAAUGAUAAGCUAGAGAAAUUAUUAUUUCUUUUGACAACAGAUCAUGAGGACGGGGAGCUAUAUAAAUCCCAGGUUAUCAAUGUUGUUCAGGAUAUUGUGGAGAUUAUCACUCAUGACAUUAUGUAUAAGGGACAUGAGAUCGUAAGUAGAGGUCCACCAGGGAACCAGAAUGAGAGAAAAGAGCAGAGGUUUGAAAACAUGAACUUUGAGCUCACUGGGCACAGAGGUUGGAGAGAAAAGGCUGUCAGGCUUCAUUUACUUCUGACUGUGAAGGAGUCUGCAAUAAAUGUGCCUACGAAUUUGGAAGCUCGUCGUCGAAUCACUUUCUUUGCAAACUCCCUUUUUAUGAACAUGCCAAGUGCUCCAAAAGUUCGCAACAUGCUCUCUUUUAGCAUCUUGACUCCAUAUUAUAGGGAAGAUGUUUUCUAUUCAGAAGAGGAGCUUAACCAGGAAAAUGAAGAUGGAAUCUCAAUUUUAUUUUACCUUCAGAAAAUAUAUCCUGAUGAAUGGAGAAAUUUUGAAGAAAGAGUCAAAGAUUCAGGGUGGGGAUAUACUGAGAAAGACAGACCAGAAUUGAUACGCCAGUGGGUAUCUUAUCGCGGGCAGACGCUAUCCAGAACAGUCAGAGGGAUGAUGUACCACAGGGAAGCUCUAGAGCUCCAAUGUUUUCUGGAUGAGGCUAAUGAGAAUGAAAUAUUUGCCAGUUAUCGUGCAGUUGUGCGCCAUGAAUCUCAAAGGAAGCUUAAGAGGCGUUCACAAGCUUUGGCAGAUUUGAAGUUUACCUAUGUUGUGUCUUGUCAAAUCUAUGGUGCUCAGAAGAAAUCCAGUGAAAGUCGAGAUCGUAGUUGUUAUGUUAACAUUCUCAAUCUCAUGUUGACGUAUCCAUCUCUUCGUGUUGCUUAUAUAGAUGAAGUAGAGGACACAGUUGCUGGGAAAUCUGUCAAGCAUUAUUAUUCUGUUCUUGUUAAGGGAGGGAAUAAGUUGGAUGAGGAAAUCUACCGUAUUAAACUUCCUGGGCCUCCAACAGAAAUUGGUGAAGGGAAACCUGAAAAUCAAAAUCAUGCCAUUAUAUUUACCCGUGGAGAAGCCUUGCAGACUAUAGACAUGAAUCAGGACAACUAUUUUGAGGAAGCAUUCAAAAUGAGAAAUGUAUUGGAGGAACUUCAAAAGAUUCAUCACGGACAACGAACACCAACAAUAUUGGGACUGAGGGAGCAUAUAUUUACUGGAAGUGUUUCUUCACUUGCUUGGUUCAUGUCCAAUCAGGAAACAAGUUUUGUGACUAUUGGACAGCGAAUUUUGGCUAACCCUCUCAGGGUACGGUUCCACUACGGACAUCCUGAUAUUUUCGAUAGAAUCUUUCAUAUAACCAGGGGUGGCAUAAGCAAGGCAUCAAAAAUUAUUAACUUGAGCGAAGAUAUAUUUGCAGGUUACAAUUCAACUCUGAGAGGGGGAUAUGUAACGCAUCAUGAAUACAUUCAGGUGGGGAAAGGGCGUGAUGUGGGGAUGAAUCAGAUAUCUCAAUUUGAGGCAAAGGUUGCAAAUGGAAAUGGAGAACAGACGCUCAGUCGUGAUGUUUAUCGGCUUGGACGUGGAUUCGACUUCUUUAGGAUGUUGUCAUUCUACUUCACUACUGUUGGCUUUUACUUAAGUAGCAUGGUAACUGUGCUCACUGUAUACAUAUUUCUAUAUGGGCGUUUAUACAUGGUGCUUAGUGGGUUGGAAAGACGUAUUUUGGAAGAUCCAACUGUUCGCCAGAGCAAAGGACUGGAAGAGGCUUUGGCUACACAGUCUGUGUUUCAGCUUGGUUUGUUACUAGUGCUGCCCAUGGUUAUGGAAAUUGGCCUGGAACGAGGAUUUCGUAAUGCCCUGGGUGAUUUUAUAAUCAUGCAGCUUCAACUCUCGUCCGUGUUCUUCACAUUUCAUCUUGGAACAAAAGCACAUUAUUUUGGUAGAACAAUUUUGCAUGGAGGUUCUAAGUACCGGGCUACUGGUCGAGGUUUUGUAGUUUUUCAUGCAAAGUUUGCUGAAAACUACAGAAUGUAUUCUCGCAGUCACUUUGUGAAAGGCCUAGAAUUGUUGAUAUUACUGAUUGUUUAUGAGGUCUAUGGGAAAUCAUAUCGCAAUUCAACUCUAUAUUUGUUUGUUACAUUUUCAAUGUGGUUCGUUGUUGGUUCCUGGUUGUUUGCCCCUUUUGUGUUCAAUCCAUCUGGGUUCGAUUGGGUGAAAACUGUGGAUGAUUGGACAGACUGGAAAAGGUGGAUGGGAAAUCGUGGUGGCAUUGCAAUAUCACCAGAUAAAAGUUGGGAAGCAUGGUGGGAUGGAGAACAGGAGCCCUUAAAAUCCACAAAUAUAAGGGGCAGAGUGAUUGAAAUAAUCCUUGCACUUCGCUUUUUCAUAUACCAAUAUGGAAUUGUUUAUCACCUUGAUAUAUCUCAUGGAAGCACGAGCUUUCUGGUUUAUGGACUGUCUUGGUUUGUCAUGGCAACUGUACUCCUUGCUUUAAAGAUGGUAUCGGUGGGCAGACGAAAAUUUGGCACAGACUUUCAGCUCAUGUUCAGGAUCUUGAAAGCUCUAUUGUUCCUUGGAUUUGUAUCAGUUAUGACUGUCUUAUUUGUCGUCUGUGGCCUCUCCAUAAGAGACCUAUUUGCUGCUAUUCUUGCCUUCGCGCCUACAGGCUGGGCCAUCCUUCUAAUCGCUCAAGCAAUCAGGCCCUGUUUAAAAGGAAUAGGCUUUUGGGAUUCAGUGAUGGAGCUGGCUAGAGCAUAUGAAUGCAUUAUGGGCCUCGUUUUAUUCGCGCCGGUUGCUGUAUUGUCCUGGUUCCCUUUCGUAUCAGAGUUCCAAACACGGCUGCUCUUCAACCAAGCAUUUAGCAGGGGGCUUCAAAUUUCAAUGAUUCUUGCAGGAAGGAAAGAAAGAGCAUUAUCCACUUGAAUACUACUUACUAUGUUUCACUUGCUAUCGUUUCGAAUUCUUGUCCCACUUUUCAUAUCAAGCUUAUGGAUUAGAAGAUCCUGUACUCCAUUACUACAGAAGAUGAAUGAAACAUUCUCAAAUUUCAUUAAGAUCUCUGGUUGAGAGUAGGCACUGUCAUAUUCUUUCGGAUGAGAAAUACAUCGUCCAUGCAGUAGCUAAAAGCUGUUAUUACUUCUGAACAGAGAAUUUUACCUGCAUAUCUGGUAAGCUAUUCCUAA